AUGGCGGGCGCGGAGGGGAGAGGGCCGAGGCGGAGCCGCGUGGCGUUCGUGCUGGUGGACGGGAUCGGGGACGUGAGCAUCCCGUCGCUGGGCGGGCGCACGCCGCUGGAGGCGGCGUGCGCGCCGCGGCUGGACGCGGUGGCGGCGGCUGGGGUGACGGGGCUCAUGGACCCCGUGGAGCCGGGGCUCGCCUGCGGCAGCGACACGGCGCACCUAUCCCUCCUCGGGUACGACCCACGGGUGUACUACCGCGGCCGCGGCGCGUUCGAGUCCAUGGGCGCCGGGCUCGCCAUGGCGCCCGGCGACAUCGCCUUCAAGUCAAACUUUGCUACACUGGAUGAGAGCACCGGAGUUAUCGUCAGCAGGAGGGCAGAUCGGCAUUUUGAAGAGGAAGGGCCUAUCCUUUGUGCUGCGUUGGAUGGGAUGAAGCUUCCAUCGUUUCCUGAGUAUGAAGUCAGAGUAAGGUAUGCUACUGAGCACAGAUGUGGUGUGGUUGUCAAAGGGCCAAAGCUGAGUGGGAACAUUUCUGGAACCGAUCCCUUGAAGGACAACCGUUUGCAUCUGAAGGCUGAACCGUUGGAUGACUCAGAAGAAGCUAAAAACACUGCAGAUGUGGUCAAUGAGGUUUCUAAAGAGAUUACGCGCAUACUGGUUUCUCACCCUAUCAACGCAAAGCGUGCAGCUGAGGGGAAGAACAUCGCAAAUGUUGUGCUAUUGCGAGGCUGUGGUAUCCGAAUUGAGGUGCCUGCCUUUGAAAUCAAGCAUGGACUUGCACCAUGCAUGGUUGCUCCUACUAAGAUCAUAGCUGGCCUGGGGCUUUCACUGGGGAUUGAUAUCCUUGAAGCACCUGGAGCAACUGGAGAUUAUCGUACUCUCUUAACUUCUAAAGCUAAAGCUAUAGCCAAGGCACUCUCUGCCCCUAUGGAUACACCACCUCGUGUUUUUGUGCCUGGAGAGGAUGAAUAUAAAGCUGGAAGAGAAAAUGGAUAUGACUUUGGGUUCCUGCACGUAAAGGCCAUUGAUGAUGCUGGUCAUGAUAAGGCUGUCAAGUUAAAGGUACGGGGUCUAGAAGCUGUUGAUCGAGCUAUUGGUCAGCUUGCAAGGCUUCUUUGGGAAGCUGAAAAGGCCGGACACUACCAGUACUUUCUUUGUGUCACCGGAGACCAUUCUACUCCUGUUGAAUACGGUGAUCAUAGCUUCGAACCUGUCCCAUUUGCAAUAUGCAGACUCAGAGAUUAUGGAGCAGCCAUUGGGGAGGAUAAUGUUAUAAACACACAACUUGAUGAUUUCCCCCUCCCUUCAGUAAAGUCCGGAGAAGAUUUGUUUGACGAUAUAGAAUCACUGGAGCGCAAGCCUGAUCAACUUAAAGCUUUCAGUGGUGAUGCUGUGUGUGAGUUCAACGAGGUUGCCACUGCGAGGGGCUGCCUUGGACGAUUCCCUGGAAGUGAGAUGAUGGGCAUCAUCAAGAAGUUUAUCAAGGCGAAGAAUGAUUAA